AUGGAUAUCACCAUCUCCGCUAAGAAAACCAGCAGCUAUAGCAUGAAGAAGCUGUUGAAACAAAUCUUCAAACAACAAAAAUCCCAAAAAGUUGCUGCUGCUGACUCAUUAGAAUCUCUGGAAUCAUUGGAAAAUGAACGCAAUGCUAGUUUGGAAUCGGAUUGCGCCUCCAUGGAAUCCUUUGAAAAUGACAUUAAUGAAAAACUCUCAGCCAAGCAGUGCAACGAAGAAGAAGAAUUCGCUUACCCCACCACCUCUGUGCCAGUUCACUUCGUUCGCACCCAACAGGGUACCUGCUUUUGGACUACCACCAGUGCCUUUGAGCAAGUAUCCUGUCUACAAGAUCGUUGGGCCCAGGCCUAA